AUCCCGGCACCGACCUGAUCCCAGCAAUACCAACCCGAUCCCGGCACUGACCCGAUCCCAGCACCAACCUGGUAACGGCACCGACCCGAUCCCGGCACUGACCCGAUUCCACCGGCACCGACCCGAUCCCGGCACCGACCCAGAGACGGGUUCUGACCCGACCCCACCGGGAUCCACACACCAGAGCCAGACAGAUCCAAGGCCCCUGGGACGGCUGCAGCCCCCCGGACCCGGCCGAGGGGGCGACCCCCGGCCCCCCGCCCGCCCCCCGGCGCCGGUCCAUGGGGGCAGAUGGGAUGUAUGAGAAGAUCAGGAUGUUGAACAUUCAGAGCACAGGCUGGGGCGGGCGGCAGGACUGGUACCCGGACGGGCUGGUCCCCGGGCAGCCCAACCCAGACAGCUGCCAGCAGCUGGACGGUGGCCUGGAGCCCGAGCCCCUGCCCGGGGCCGGCGCCGACGACCCGGACGACUCGCAGCUCCGGCUGCAGCUGAAACGCAAACUGCAAAGGAACCGAACGUCCUUCAGCCAGGAGCAGAUCGAGGCGCUGGAGAAAGAGUUUGAGCGGACUCACUACCCCGAUGUCUUCGCCCGCGAGCGCCUGGCCGCCAAGAUCGACCUACCCGAGGCCCGGAUCCAGGUCUGGUUCUCGAACCGACGGGCCAAGUGGCGGCGUGAGGAGAAGCUCCGCAACCAGCGGCGCCAGGCGGGCGGGUCCGGGCACCUGCCCCUGGGCACCGGGGCCUUCCCUGGCAGCGGGGCCUUCCCGGCCGCGCCCCCCACCGGGUCAGGUGCCCUGCUGGGGCGCAGUGAGGGGCCCCUCCCCACCAGCUACGGAGCCCUCCCCCCACUGCCCAGCUUCCCCAUGGCCAACAGCCUCCCCAUGCAGGCCGUCCAGCCGGUCCCCAGCCAGGGCAGCUCGUCCUUCUCCUGCAUGAUCCCGGGCGGCUCCUCGGGCCGCGGCUACGACCCGUACGGCCCGGCCCAGCUCCCGGCCCACAUGGGGACCCCCAGCCUGGGCGCCGGCACCAGCACCGCCACCGGUCUCCUCUCCCCCGGCGUGUCGGUCCCCGUGCAGGUCCCUGGCGGCGACCCGGAGGUCCCCCAGUAUUGGCCGCGUCUGUAAAGAUGGGAGAAAGCAGAUCCUUCCGGGGGGGGUCGAGGGGGGGAUGGCUGUGCCUGGCCCCCGGGGGGGCAGACCCCACGGCUGGGGCUGGGGGUGGGAGUCCCCCAGCUGCCCAGGGUAAGUCCUGGCCAGGAAGGGGGAGCCCCCUGCCCCUCUGCGCCCCCAUCCCCAGUCAUCCCCCCCCCAGGUUCCCGCAUGCCAGUGUCUGUCUGUUAGAGCCGCUGUGACCCAGUGUGGUGUGCGUUGGGGGGGACGAACCCCCCAUUACCGAGCCCUUCCCCAGGUCCCCCUCCCCUCCCCACUGGGGGGUGGGGGGUGGCACCCCCCGUCUUGCGUUCCCCUCCCCCCACCCCUAGAGAGGGGGGCAGUAAAGAACCGACGGGAGCUGGCAAAGGAUUCUGGGACUCCAUGGACCCCGCAAAGGAUUCUGGGAGAAGCGCUCAGGCCUCGCAAAGGAUUCUGGGAGAUGCGUCAACUCAGCCUGGCUGGCAAAGGAUUCUGGGAAACGUGUCAGCUCCUCAUCCUCCUGGGGCAUGAUGGGAUAGUGGGUCCCCCCCCCCACACGCCCCCCCACCACGGGAACCCCCAGAUCUUUCCCUGAACGGAUGGACCCAUCUGGGGCUGAGAGAUCCCGAGGGGUGGGGGGGAGGGAGAAAGGCCCAAUUCUCCCGCUGCCCUGACCCUUGACCUGUCCCCCCCCCCGGGCCCC